AUGCCAAUCACUCGACACAAUUUUGUAAAUGAGCCGAAUAUUGUACCUGUCCAUUGCAAUCAUGAUGGUAACAUUGUAUUGCUGCCAUCUGCUGCUUUGAAAUGUUCAGCAUGUAACAAGGUUAUUCGCUCAAAGUAUAAAUCGAAUGUAGACCAGUUUUGUCGUACUAAAGACAUAGUCGUAGCAAUGUGUAUGGAGUGGAAACAGAAGACUGUUAAUUCAUUUUUACCGAAUACAUACAUUUCAGCUGCAAAAUGUGCUACACCAGAUCCUGAAGAAGAACUUACAAAGGAAUUAUGGACUAUCUAUGAAAGAUUACAAAAUAAUUCUAAACGUGCGAAUGCAAUAGAAUAUUUCAAUGCUUUAAAAACAAAACAAGAGCAAACAUAUAAAAAGUAA